AUGAAUUCUGUGCGUGAUCAAACAGGCAGCCCUUAUGGAGAUACAACAACAACUCCUCGUAGUCCCUUCUCUCCCUUUUCUCCAUUAUCUGUUGGAGACGAAAGGCAUACCAAACGAGAUACAACUACUACUCCUCGUAGUCCUUUCUCUCCUUUCUCUCCAUUGUCUGUUGACAAAAGUCUCGCUGAUUCCAAAUUUCAACAAGCCCUUGCCACUUCUGGCGCAUUAGAUCCAUUAUCACCUGGAUCACACCAUGGAGGACACAAGUUCCAUGAGGUUUUCCAAAUGAAACAAGGGCGUUAUGAUCUUCAAGCCUCAAAGAUUGCUGAAAUGAUGAAAUCAAGCAGCUUAGAUAACGCUCCUACACAGUCACUACUAAGCGUUGUGAAUGGGAUUCUUGAUGAAAGUAUUGAAAGAAAAAACGGUGAAAUCCCUCAGCGUGUGGCAUGUCUGUUGAGAAAAGUAGUGCAAGAGAUAGAGAGACGUAUAUCAACUCAAGCUGAACAUCUAAGAACGCAAAACAAUAUUUUCAAAGCUCGUGAGGAGAAGUACCAGUCAAGGAUCAAUGUACUUGAAGCCUUAGCAGCAGGUACUGGUGAAGAGAAUGAGAUUGCUACACAACAGCUUAGACAAAUGAAGACAGAGAAGUCAAACUGGGAAGAGAAGAAGAAAAGCGAAGAAGAGGAUAUGCUUAAGCUAUUGAAAGAAAAUGAUCAUUACAACGUUGAAAUCUCUGCGUUGAGACAAGAACUAGAGACAACUAAAAGAGAAUGUGAACAACAAUGCUCGAAAAUGGAAAGCCAAACAAUGACACAAAAGGCAAAGUGGGAGGAACAAUACAGAAACGAAGAAGAGGAUAUGGCCAAGCUAUCCAAACAAAAUGAUCAAUUCAACUUGGAAGUUUCAGCUUUAAGACAAGAACUGGAGAAAACUAAGAAAGCCUAUGAACAGCAAUGCUCUCAAAUGGAAAGCCAAACGAUGCUAGCAACCACAGGACUUGAGAGCAGGCUCAAGGAGCUUGAGCAAGAGAGAAAAGAGGCAAACACUGCAAAAACUUCCCUUGAGGUAAAGGUCAAGGAGCUAGAGAAGAUGGGAGAAGAAGCACAUAGUGCUAAAGAAGGUCUUGAGGAAAAGAUAAAAGAGCUUCAAGAAAUGGAAAAAGAAACAAAGAGUGCUAAUACAAGCCUUGAAGGAAAGAUUCAGGAGCUUGAACAGAACCUUGUUAACUGGAAGAGUAAAGUCAGAGAAAUGGAGGAAAAAUCUGAGUCCAAACUCCAAAGUUGGAGUCAGAAAGAAGUUUCAUAUAGAAGCUUUAUUAACCACCAGUCUCAGGCACUACAGGAGUUGAGGUUUUAUUCAAGAUCUAUCAAGCAAGAGAUUCUGAAGGUUCAAGAGAACUAUACAGAACAGUUCAGCCUUUUAGGAAAGAAACUGAUUGAACUAAGCAAUGCUGCUGAAAACUAUCAUGCUGUACUAACCGAAAACCGGAAACUUUUCAAUGAGCUUCAAGAGCUAAAAGGAAACAUCCGAGUGUUUUGCCGAGUUAGACCUUUUCUUCCUGGACAAGGUGCACCAAACACAGUGGUCGAGCACGUUGGUGAGGAUGGAGAACUUGUAGUUACCAAUCCUACUAGACCUGGAAAAGACGGUCUUCGCCAGUUUAAGUUCAAUAAAGUUUAUAGUCCUAAUGCUACUCAAGCUGAGGUCUUUUCAGACAUAAAACCACUGGUUCGGUCAGUGCUUGAUGGGUUCAAUGUUUGUAUAUUCGCAUACGGUCAGACAGGAUCAGGGAAAACUUAUACAAUGACUGGUCCUGAUGGAGCAAGUGAAGAGGAUUGGGGAGUUAACUAUCGUGCACUCAAUGAUCUAUUUAAAAUAUCUCAAUCUAGAAAAGGAAACAUAAACUAUGAAGUUGGGGUGCAAAUGGUGGAGAUAUACAAUGAACAAGUGCUGGAUUUGCUCUCUGAUGAUAGUUCUCAAAAGAAAUAUCCUUUUUGGAUCCUGUCUACAACUUCAGAAAAUGGUCUAGCUGUGCCUGACGCAAGCAUGUAUCCAGUGACAUCAACCUCAGAUGUGAUUACAUUGAUGGACGUUGGACUACAGAAUCGUUCUGUUGGUGCUACUGCCAUGAAUGAACGAAGUAGUCGCUCUCACAGCAUUGUCACUGUUCAUGUUCGUGGUAAAGACAUGAAGACUGGUUCUGUCUUAUAUGGAAAUCUUCAUUUGGUGGAUCUAGCAGGAAGUGAGAGAGUAGAUCGCUCUGAAGUUAAAGGAGACAGACUUAAAGAAGCACAACAUAUAAACAAAUCGCUUUCAUCUCUUGGAGAUGUGAUAUUUUCUUUGGCUUCAAAGAGUUCUCAUAUACCAUACAGAAACAGCAAGCUUACACAACUACUCCAAAGCUCCCUUGGAGGACGAGCAAAGACCUUAAUGUUUGUGCAACUCAAUCCUGAUGCCACUUCAUAUUCAGAGUCGAUGAGUACAUUAAAGUUCGCAGAACGUGUCUCUGGAGUCGAACUUGGUGCUGCAAAGAGCAGUAAAGAAGGAAAAGAUGCUCGAGACUUAAUGGAACAGGUAGCGUCCCUUAAGGACACAAUAGCAAGAAAAGAUGAGGAGAUAGAGAGGCUUCACUUGGUAAAAGAUCAGCCUAAUAGACUUCAGAAACCAAUGGUGAGGAGAAAGAGCUUCGGACAAACCGAUGACAUGAACUCAGAAACUGGAGACCAUUCAUCACAGUCAAGACACUCCGUUACUGAUGGUGAGAGUUUAUCUUCUUCCGUCGAAGGAGAGUACGAGGAGAGGUUGAGCGAGGCUACAUCUGAUGCUUCUUCUAUUGGAACACAAAGAUCCACUGAUGUUGCUAAAAGACCACCCAAAAUCUCUGACAGAGCUAAGUCAAUGACUUCAAGGUCAACGACGAGUGUUACACGACCACUCGAUAAACUUCGGAAAGUAGCUACAAAAACAACAUCGACCGUUGCUAAGGUUGCAUCGGGCUUGUCGUCAUCAUCAAGCAUUAAGAAGACAAGCAGUUCUUCUAGUUUGGCAAAGUCUUCUAAACGGUGGGCGUAACAACACUGCAUGUAUCGUUAAUGUUUCGUUCGGAAAGACUUUACGUACGUUUUCUUUAUAUAUUUUUCUCAUUUUCGUCUAAUACAUGGCUUCAACUGGAACUCCAAAAUUUUCCAAAAUAUAAUGUGAUUUAUGUAAAAAGCUUGUAAAUACAUGAACCUUGUUACUACACAGGUUUUUUUCACAACAAUAAAAAAAC